AUGGGACACAAAGGAAAUUCGCUGCUGGGCCUUGCAUACGGUUUUGCUCUGUUCAGCCACUUCACCGCUGGAGAACUGAGCUAUUCUAUUCCGGAGGAAAUGAAACGUGGAUCCAUUAUUGGAAAUGUAGCGAAGGAUCUCGGGCUUGAUGUGGGAAGAUUAUUUGCUCGCAAGGCCCGUAUAGACACCGAGCAAGAUCACAAGCGUUACUGUGAAAUUGAUAUAAAAACGGGCAGUUUGGUCGUCGGGGAAAGGAUCGACAGAGAAGAGCUGUGCGGAGAGAAGGUAUCGUGUAUGCUGAAAUUCGAGUUGGUCCUAGAGAGCCCAUUGGAGCUGCAUCGUGUUUCACUGCUUAUUCAGGAUGUAAACGACAAUUCGCCCGUUUUCCCGAAGGAUACUAUAAAACUGGAAAUAAGAGAAUCAGCUGACAAAGGAGCACGGUAUCGGGUUAACGAGGCACAUGACGCUGAUAUCGGACAAAACGCUGUUCAGAUCUACAGUUUACAAAAGAAUGACAAUUUUGUUUUAUCUGUUCGUGGCGAUACCGAUGGAUCUAAAACUGUAGAGAUGGUAUUAGAUAAUGAACUUGACCGUGAAAAGCAACACGACUUAAAUCUAGUGCUUGUUGCAGUUGAUGGAGGCAGUCCUCAAAGAUCCGGAACUGCCGUCAUACAGGUCACUGUAUUGGACGCUAAUGAUAACGCUCCAGUAUUUAGCAAGGCCGUGUAUAGAGUCAGUCUAUCUGAAAACUCUCCUCUAGAUACUGUUGUCCUUACUGUGACUGCCACUGAUGUAGAUGAGGGAGUUAACGGAGAAGUGACAUAUGAGUUUAGUCGCAUUUCAGAGAGGGCUAAAAAACUAUUCUCACUUAGCAGCAAAACUGGAGAGAUAACAGUAUCAGGACCAAUUGAUUUCGAAAGCGAUUCUUCAUAUGAGGUGCGCAUUGAUGCCAAAGAUGGGUUUGGGCUUUCAUCUGACUGUAAAGUAAUAAUUGAUAUAACUGAUGUAAAUGACAACGCCCCCGUGAUUUAUCUGAAAUCGCUGACUAAUCCCAUACCAGAGAACGUGUCACCUGGUACAGAGGUGGGCAUCAUUAACGUGCAGGACAGAGACUCCGGAAAUAACCGACAGGUCCGCUGCUCCAUUCAGCAAAACGUUCCUUUUAAGUUGGUCUCUUCCAUCAAAAACUAUUAUUCACUGGUGACCACGGGCCACCUUGACCGUGAACUACUGUCUCAGUAUAAUAUUACAGUCGUUGCUUUUGACGAGGGAUCUCCCCCUCUUUCCUCUUCUAAAAUUGUUUAUUUUUCUGUAGCUGACGUCAACGACAACCCACCUGUUUUUGAGGAACAGUCCUACAGCGCCUUUGUGACUGAAAAUAACAAACCUGGCUCCACUUUAUGUUCUGUUACUGCUCGAGACCCAGACUGGAGACAAAACGGUACAGUGAUUUAUUCUCUUUUACCUGGUGAGGUGAACGGGGCCCCGGUGUCCUCCUAUCUCUCAGUUAACGGAGACAGUGGGGUGAUCCACGCUGUGAGGUCGUUUGAUUAUGAACAGUUCAGGAGCUUUAAAGUCCAGGUGAUGGCCAGAGACAACGGUUCUCCUCCGCUCAGCAGCAACGUGACCGUCAGUGUCUUCAUAACGGAUGUGAAUGACAACUCUCCUCAGAUACUGUACCCCGCCCCGGAGGGUAGCUCGUUCAUGACCGAGCUGGUGCCCAGAGCUGCACACGGAGGCUCUCUGGUGUCCAAGGUGAUAGCGGUGGACGCGGACUCCGGCCAGAACGCCUGGCUGUCCUAUCAUAUAGUCAAAUCCACUGAUCCCGGACUUUUCACUAUUGGUGUCCACAGCGGAGAGAUCAGGACACAGCGGGACAUUUCUGAAUCUGACCACAUGAAACAAAACCUCAUUGUGGCAGUGAAAGAUAAUGGGCAGCCCUCUCUCUCUGCCACCUGUUCCAUGUAUUUACUUAUUUCUGACAACUUGGCUGAGGUGCCAGAACUGAAAGAUAUGUCCUAUGAUGAAAACAAUUCAAAGCUGACCUCCUAUCUGAUCAUCGCGUUGGUGUCCGUUUCCACCAUUUUUCUGACCUUCAUUAUUAUCAUCCUGGGUUUGAAGUUUUGUCGCAGGAGAAAGCCCAGACUCUUGUUUGACGGGGCGGUCGCCAUCCCCAGCGCGUAUCUCCCUCCCAAUUACGCAGAGGUUGACGGCACAGGAACUUUACGCAGCACUUAUAAUUAUGAUGCCUAUUUGACAACGGGAUCAAGAACCAGUGACUUUAAAUUCGUGAGCUCUUACAAUGAGGACACCCUUCCUGCUGAUCAAACUCUCAGAAAAAGUUUGACAGACUUUGCCGAAGCGUUUGGUCCGUCAGAGGAGUCUCCAGAGGUAGGCUAA